ACAGCUCCGCGGCCGUCGCCACCUCCUCCUCCUGCUGAUGCUCAUCGCCGGAACUACGUCGUCGUCGCGGGCCAGCAAAGGAGACGGUGCACUUUGUCCUUGCAGCGGUCCACCGGUCCAGUUAACGAAGUUCCUCUGGCGUAACGUCUGCAGCGAAUCCCGCCGUCAACGCGAUCUGAGCACGGGCCGACACGACGUCGCGUAUAAUUUAUUAUUAUACGUCCAGCGAGAUCUGCGGAUCUAUUUUGCACGCGUUCUCAGCGAUCCACGUCAAUAGCCGUACCGCCAUGCGCCGACAAUUGUUCUGGAGCGGUUACUUGUUGGCGCUGACCGCCUCGGUGGCAGUGACAGUCGCGGCUCCAGCGGCUGAGCCCGCAGCAUCGAACGUGGACGACGUGGUGACGUACGACCAGCGGCAGAACGGCACUGAGAACGUGAGGAUCAGCCUGAGCGACCUCAAAGUGGUGCUGGCUCCGGCCGACGGCCUGUUCCAGAUUAUGUCCAUGGCCGGCGCGCAGUUUCUCAACUCAGAGUUGGCAAGCGCAGCGUCUGAAUACCGGCCGACGGGCCCCGAGUGCACCGGGUUCAAGUGCAACAACCGGCAUAGGCAGGCCGCYAAAAAGAAUCGUUUUAAACUAUCGAGUCUUAUAGCACCAUUGUUAAACAGCCAAGCUGAUCAGAAAAUUACAGAAACAGAAAAUAUUAGUAUCAACAACAAUAAUACUAAUUAAACAUUAAGUAGGCAGGUAUGAAAAACUAUUUACAAUAUCGGUUCAAACAGGUGCAAUUAAUAUCAAUACAAAGAUGAAUGAAAUAUUACACAAACUAUACUAUAUAGGUACAGUUCAAUAGUAUUUUUAAA